AGAGGGCUGACCAGAGAGCCCAACGCCUGGUGCUCAAGACUUUCUCCGAGGUAUGAACAAGAACCAGGCGUCUGGGCCCUUUCCGCUCGCCCCAUCGCUCAGCCGCCGCGCCCCGGACGCCCGCUGUGCCCCCUGCCGGCGGGGCGGCGGCGGGACUGGGUUUCGGGAGGGUUUCUGGAAGUCGCGAGUCCCAGCGAAGGCAGUGCGCCGCUCUCCGCCUCUUUCUUCGCCUUCUUCUCGCUCCCUUAGCUCUGGGUGUCGGGCGCCGGCGCUAUGAAACCCACGUAGUCGAACACCAUGAUGCUUCUCCUGCAGGGCGUGUGAUGAGGAGGCGAGCUUGGCUUUGGAGUGCUGGGAACCUGAGGAAUUGCCAAGGACCCAGAGCCCAGCCCUGACCACCAGAGUGCCCAAAACACAAUGAACAAAUUGAAUUUUCAUAACAACAGAGUCAUGCAAGACCGCCGCAGUGUGUGCAUUUUCCUUCCCAACGAUGAAUCUCUGAACAUCAUCAUAAAUGUUAAGAUUCUGUGUCACCAGUUGCUGGUCCAGGUUUGUGACCUGCUCAGGCUAAAGGACUGCCACCUCUUUGGACUCAGUGUUAUACAAAAUAAUGAACAUGUGUAUAUGGAGUUGUCACAAAAGCUUUACAAAUAUUGUCCAAAAGAAUGGAAGAAAGAGGCCAGCAAGGUACGACAAUACGAAGUCACUUGGGGUAUCGACCAAUUUGGGCCUCCUAUGAUCAUCCACUUCCGUGUGCAGUACUAUGUGGAAAAUGGCAGAUUGAUCAGUGACAGAGCAGCAAGAUACUAUUAUUACUGGCACCUGAGAAAACAAGUUCUUCAUUCUCAGUGUGUGCUCCGAGAGGAGGCCUACUUCCUGCUGGCAGCCUUUGCCCUGCAGGCUGAUCUUGGGAACUUCAAAAGGAAUAAGCACUAUGGAAAAUACUUCGAGCCAGAGGCUUACUUCCCAUCUUGGGUUGUUUCCAAGAGGGGGAAGGACUACAUCCUGAAGCACAUUCCAAACAUGCACAAAGAUCAGUUUGCACUAACAGCUUCCGAAGCUCAUCUUAAAUAUAUCAAAGAGGCUGUCCGACUGGAUGACGUCGCUGUUCAUUACUACAGAUUGUAUAAGGAUAAAAGGGAAAUUGAAGCAUCGCUGACUCUUGGAUUGACCAUGAGGGGAAUACAGAUUUUUCAGAAUUUAGAUGAAGAGAAACAAUUACUUUAUGAUUUCCCCUGGACAAAUGUUGGAAAAUUGGUGUUUGUGGGUAAGAAAUUUGAGAUUUUGCCAGAUGGCUUGCCUUCAGCCCGGAAGCUCAUAUACUACACGGGGUGCCCCAUGCGCUCCAGACACCUCCUGCAACUUCUGAGCAACAGCCACCGCCUCUAUAUGAAUCUGCAGCCUGUCCUGCGCCAUAUCCGGAAGCUGGAGGAAAACGAAGAGAAGAAGCAGUACCGGGAAUCUUACAUCAGUGACAACCUGGACCUCGACAUGGACCAGCUGGAAAAACGGUCGCGGGCCAGCGGGAGCAGUGCGGGCAGCAUGAAACACAAGCGCCUGUCCCGUCAUUCCACCGCCAGCCACAGCAGUUCCCACACCUCGGGCAUUGAGGCAGACACCAAGCCCCGGGACACGGGGCCAGAAGACAGCUACUCCAGCAGUGCCAUCCACCGCAAGCUGAAAACCUGCAGCUCAAUGACCAGUCAUGGCAGCUCCCACACCUCAGGGGUGGAGAGUGGCGGCAAAGACCGGCUGGAAGAGGACUUACAGGACGAUGAAAUAGAGAUGUUGGUUGAUGACCCCCGGGAUCUGGAGCAGAUGAAUGAAGAGUCUCUGGAAGUCAGCCCAGACAUGUGCAUCUACAUCACGGAGGACAUGCUCAUGUCGCGGAAGCUGAAUGGACACUCUGGGUUGAUUGUGAAAGAAAUUGGGUCUUCCACCUCGAGCUCUUCAGAAACAGUUGUUAAGCUUCGUGGCCAGAGUACUGAUUCUCUUCCACAGACUAUAUGUCGGAAACCAAAGACCUCCACUGAUCGACACAGCUUGAGCCUCGAUGACAUCAGACUUUACCAGAAAGACUUCUUGCGCAUUGCAGGUCUGUGUCAGGACACUGCUCAGAGUUACACCUUUGGAUGUGGCCAUGAACUGGAUGAGGAAGGCCUCUAUUGCAACAGUUGCUUGGCCCAGCAGUGCAUCAACAUCCAAGAUGCUUUUCCAGUCAAAAGAACCAGCAAAUACUUUUCUCUGGAUCUCACUCAUGAUGAAGUUCCAGAGUUUGUUGUGUAAAGUCCGUCUGUGUGCAGCUGUACAGGCAGCUUACUGUUUGCUAGAGGAUGCGAAAGUCAUAAGUUCUUUACAUAUUACUUGUGCCAUAUCUUCUUCACCCUAAACAUAGCUCUUUCUUUAUAAUAUUUGUGAUGAUGGAAACAAAAGCCUUGGAACAAUUGCACUUUAAGUAUUACACAGAAGUAAAAGAACUACAGAAAAUGUACAGCAAGACAAGUGCCCGGAAGUUCACUGAUCCUUCAGAAGGAAAUGCGCUUUACUGAUUGCAAAGCCUUCAGAAUAUUGGAGUGUGGUGUGUUUGCUCAUCUGAUGCUUUUUAGUUCAGUUACAUGUAACAUCACAUUUUUUUAUCACGUGAAAGAUGUUAGAUUUGUUUGCUUAUAAAUUUUUUACCACUCCCACAUAAAAUGCUCAUAGUUUGGGAGAGGAAAGAGGGAAGAUUCUCUCUUCUUUUAACAGAGAGAUGGUUGCUCUGUAUACCCAUUGCUUCCUCCCUGAGGCUGUCCCAAAGUGAACACUGAUGGAGUGGUCAAAAUCAUAAGGUUGUAGCAAGCCAAAGAUACGUACGUGACGGAAGCACAUAAGCAAUAAGCAGAACACCAGAAGUGCAUGCUGUGAUGCCUGUGACUCCUUCAUCCCGCUCAGUGCCAUGUCCUCUUCUGUGAUCUUCCAGAAAGCUCCAGGAUUCAUUUGAGUUCCACAUCCAAGUAACAGAUGAAUUAUAUUCAUGUUGUAAUGCAUUUUGUGGAGUUUACAAAACCAGUGUCUGUUAAAACUUUGGAAAAUGUCUUAGAAAACGUUGGUGCUUGGUGAUGCUUUAUUUGUUUAAUUAUCAAGAACAAAUUAUGGCAAUGCUAGUUUCUACCAAAAUACUCUGUGUAUAUAUUAUACAUAUAUAAAUACAUGGGAUUGUGUAUGUCUAUAUGUGUUUAAAGCUUACUAUGUCUUCAUUUUGGCUUCCAUGACUAUCUUUUAUACAUGGAAUUCCUUAAGAUUGAGAAUAUGUCACUGAGUGAAUGAUACCUGCAGACAGUCAGUUGAUAUAUGUAGAGUUCAGAAUGACUGUUUUCUCAUGUGCCUUUGGCCAUGAUUCUCAACACUGAUUGUAUAACAGAAUUUUGGGGGGAGCUUUUAAAAAAUAAUGACUGAGUCUCCCACCAGACCGAUUACAUCAUUCUCUUGUGGCGGGACCCAAGUAGAAUUGCCUUUUCUUUUAAAGUUCUCCAGAUGGAGCUAAUAUGCAACAAAGUUGAAAACCACUGAUCCCGGGGGUGUCUUUUGUUAAUUUUGAAGUAAAAGUGUACAGAAGACGUAGUGUAUGAGAAAGGGCCAUUUUUAAGACAGUUACCUGUUGUGCUGCUGUUACAAUAUAUAAUGAAACCAAGUCAGGGGAGUGAAUUUAUCAAUCUUUUGAUGUAAAGUAAAAACGUUGUUCACACUUCAGGAGAGAACUUCAUAGCACAGUGUCUUUCUAUAAGAUAUUUUUAAUGAUUUAGUAUUUUACAACAUUUGUUUACCAUAUUUUGAUAUACCAUUUUUUUCUAUCUGCCCAGUUUUAUUAAAAAAACUAUAUAUUAUUUUCUAAAGAAACAAUCAUAUUUUUAUACAAAAUUAUGUUUUCAGGUAACGAAAUAGAUUUAGGGUACAGUGGAACAUAAGCAGUGUUACCCCUGGCUGGGAGUCAGUAUUAUACAACAAAUGGUGAGCUGGAACAUGCCCUGUCUGUGCUGUCCCUCCUGUGCUGGGUCGCGGAUGUGUAGGCAACAUUGCCUUAUCACGCUAGGUUCACCUGACACUUUAAAAGGAAAAAAAGUUCCAUAGAGUUCUGUGGUCACAAAAUUGUUUUGCUUUUAUCAAAUACUUUAAUAGAACCAAAGUUGCAGAUAUUGGAAUGUAUGGAAGUAUCUCAGUCUCUGCAUAAGAGGAUUAAAGUAUGAAAGGAUCAUUUAAUGACUGUUUUACUUAUAAGUCAUUAAGUAAUCCACCAUUUCUUAUGGAUGACGCUUAAGCCUGGUGAGGUUUGUACUCUAAGGAGCCCAGAUCAUAAUGCAGUGCAUUUCCUUAGCCCUUAGAGUUUCUUGCAAACAUUUAAAAAAAGACAUAUUUAAGAAAGAAAGAUAAAGAAAAAACAUAUUUAAUUACUGUAAACAGGUACUGCUUUAUGUUUAUUUUCUCUCUACUUCAACCAAAAUCAGAUCUUUAAGGUUUUGCUGACAUUGUUGGUGGUUUUGCACAUGUUCUUUCUAAUUGGAUUUAUGAAUAGUCCUAUGGGUUUUCAAAGAUGAAUCAUGCUAAGAACACUUCUGCUUUUUGAUCCACUGUUUGCAGCAGAAUUAUAUAUAUGUAUAGGAAAAAUCCACUUUGAAUAAUCCAUAUUUUGUAUUUGGAAAUUGUUUUUAAAAAUAAAAAGGAAAGGAAAUAUAUAAAGCUGUUAUUUAUUCUGCAUUUCUUACAUAUCUAUCACUUGUCAGUAUACCCGUUUUGGUAUAUAUUGCCUCUGCACAUCUACAUUUGUAUAUGCAACAGUGAGCUUUAUAUCUACAUAAACUGUAAAUAAUCCUUUCUGUGAAAGGAUCAUCAUAUCAAGAUGAUACCAAAAGUAUGUAAAAAGAAACCUGCAUUAUUUUGUAAUUAUUUCUUAUAGAUAUUUCAUGGUAAGAUUAGCAGUCAAUAAAGUUACUUUUUUGCCUUUAAA